AUGACCAAACGAAGAAGUCUCGACGAUCCUCGGGCAACAAUUAAGCGAUCAGCACCAGAGUCAUCAACCGAACCAUGGCGACAGCUGCUCUAUCGUAGCAGUGAGACACUUGCUCGGGGAGAUUACGAGUUGGCGAUCGAUGAGGCUUCAGCAGCAGCGAGUGAACUACUACGAGCAUGUCUUGUUCCCAUCCUUGACAUUCGAGCCAUGGCCCAUGCCAAAGGCAGCUACUUUAUGGAAGGACUGAACGACGCACGCAGGAUGAUACGCUAUGCACCUGAUUCAGCUGAAGGCUAUCUUCGAGUGGGAUCAUUAUAUAUGAUGCAGGGUAAACCAUGGGAAGCACUCAAAGUGUACGAGGAUGGUCUAGCGUCGGUUCCUAUAUCACACAACAAGUAUCAGCAUCUCGUGGAUGGUAUUCAAAAAGCCAAGAAACAAGAUCAAAAACGUAUCAACAUUGUCGACUUUCUUCCAACUGAGAUAUUAUCCAAUAUCUUCAUACGACUCUCAACCGAUACGCUAGCCGUUUGCAUGAAUGUCUCUACUGAAUGGCGUGAAAGACUCGCUCGAUGUGCUGAAGCAUGGAGAAGUAUCCAAGAGAUCAAUGGAGAAGUAUCCACCAAAAUCGCCUUUGUCGCUGCACAUGUACGCCAUUUGAGAUUGGUGUGCUCGGAUACCACAGUGGAGCAACGUGUCAUUCGAUUACUCAAAGCAGGUGCAUUCAGAUGUUUGGAAUCUUUGAACAUGGAUAGAGAUAGAAAUGAACCAUCCCACAUUGGCAAUCCUCAUCUCUCGGCUGUUUUAUCUCAAACUCGUACAACUUUGCGACGAUUGGAAUUGCAUUCAAGUCGUUCUGAUAUCCUCUCGUUUGUGGAUGUGUUAUCUCUUUGCCCCAACUUGACCGAUCUUGCAUACAGCACAUCAGGAUCAUCCGUUCUUCCUGUUUCAACAUCAUCCGAUCAUCAACUACCAACACGACUUCAUCUUAUCAACCUUUGUUUAUGGACUCAGCAUAUGCAACCUACCGAUUUAGAAUGGGUGAUUUGUCGAUGUCCGGAUCUACGUGGUUUGGUGGUUCACAAGAGUUUUAUGGCAUCAGCUCUUUUACAAAGCGAGCAAUAUUGUCCACAGCUUGAGACCUUGUAUAUCAAUCGAUACCUUUCAUUAUCAGAAUUAAUGUCUGUCAACAGCAACAACAGCAAACAAAUCGGCAUGAGACGCUUUUCAAUAUGCUCUGGAGAUAGAAUUGACUUUGGAACGAUUAUACCACUGCUUAAACGCAACAGCGAUACCCUUGAAGAGUUUCGGCUUGAACUUAACGAUUAUGCACCUGGCGCUCUUCGACAAUGGCAUCCAUUUGCCAACGUUACAUUUACACGACUUCAUACCCUACACUGUGGCAUUGGCAGAUAUACCGAUGAAACCGUUGCUGACAUGAUCCGACAAUGCCCGGCUCUUGAAAAAUUCACCAUCGUCUAUUCCAACAUGACCGUCAGCUCAAGUAUCUUUAAUGCAUUGGCUUCUUUGCUUCAUCUAAGAGCUCUCUCCAUAUUCUCAACCGAUCAAGUCAGCCAUACAGGCCUCGAAUCUUUCUUUGAACGACACGCUGAUCGACACAACUCUUCAAGAUUGGCCUAUGUCCUCCUCACUUGCGGCAAAGGUGUCAGUGAUGCUGCUUUGGCCUCCCUUGCUCAAAUCCCAACAUUACGAACAAUAUCCAUAAGCAAUUGCUUGGAUACCUCGGUUGAAGGGUUUAAUCAUUUUGCACACUUGUUAAGGAGAUCACGCUCUUUGGAAAGUUUGACUUUGGAAGAUAUCGACCAAGUGAGGGACACUGCUGUAGAACGUCUUGGUGUCAUCCGUAGCUUGAAAUGGGUAGCCUUUUUCGGAUUGACGCAUGUGACCCAUGAAGGAAUGGUACAUCUCAUUGACAGCAGUAUCAACUUGCACAGCAUUAGCGUGGAUCAUGGAGACCUUGCUAGAGACGAUAUCCUUAAAAGUGCUGCAAAGAAAGGCAUUAGAAUCGAAGGCAUAUAA